CCCACCGAACCAGCUCGUCUACUCAAGAACUCCAUGGUUUGCUUUUGCUUUCUGGUGGAUCAGAAGCGGAGGAUACGGCGGAGUAGGCCGGCCCCUGGAAUUUGCUCCAGGUGCGGCGGCGGAGCCAGUGUAGCCGACAUGAAAACCGCCACCAGAUUCUGUCACGUCCCAUUUUACUGGAAAUCAUGGAGAGCCCUCAUCUGUACCUUUUGUGGAUCUGUUCUUCGAUCCUAUCGCUAAUUUCUUUUUUUUUUUUUUCCCCCUUCAUUUUCUUUAUGUUCUUCAUCAAAUGUAGUUUAGAAUUGUUCAUCUUCAAGCUCGAUGAAUUAUUAUUAUAAACAUUCAAAAAGAAAGUAAAAGAACCAAUCAAGAUUACA